UAAACAGGAAGACUUCCUUUUCCCUUUUUCCUACAUCAAUGCUUAUUUAAAGUCUAUCAGGAAUCCUCGCAUUCACAUAUGAACUACUGCAGAGAUAUUUUAAAACAGAUCUUUGGAAAGGUAAAGCGGUGAAAAAGACCAGAAGAGCCAAGAUGGCUUCAAAGAUUAUAAAAGAAGAUGUACAGCUGCCAAAAGACUUUCAAAAAUGUCUGGCAUUUGUGUUAUACAACGUUUUUUCGAAAGAGGAAUGUGAAGAAUACAUAAAUAUUGCAGAGAAAAAAGGUUUUGAAGUGGCACUUCUUAAUGCCGGAGGAAAUAGACAAGUAUUAGCCACAGAUAUAAGAAAUAAUUCAAGAUGUAUAUGGGAUACCACUGAAGAGGUUGAUAAGAUAUGGAAAAGAAUCAAAGAAUAUGUUCCUGAUGUAUGGUGUCACAGAGAGGUGAUGGGAUUGAAUGAAAGAUUAAGAAUUCUUAGAUAUGAUCCAGGCGAAUAUUUCAGACCGCAUUAUGAUGGUAUGUAUGAACGGGAUAAUGGAGAGAGAAGUUAUGUGACUGUCCAGAUUUAUCUGAACGAGGGUUUUAAAGGUGGAAGUACCACAUUUUUAGGAAAUUAUACAGAGGAACGAGUUGAAGUUGUACCAAAAACAGGUUCCGUGCUGGUUUUUGAACAUCCUAUACUACAUGAAGGAUCUGAACUUAUUGCUGGAAGAAAAUAUGCAAUAAGGACUGAUGUAAUGUAUUCAUCUAAAAUAUCAAAACCAAAGAAGGCAACGGAUUCAGAGACAAUCGCAAGCGAAUCAGACACUCAGAUUUCACAAAACACAGAGACUGUUCAAUCAAGUGAUAAUACUAAAACGAAGUCAAAUUUUCUCAGUGAACUAUUUGGGUGAAAUGUUUUUGACAGAAAGCUUCUGUGAUUUUAAGAUUCACCCUUCUUCUUGUUUCAUUGGUUCAGUUUUGAGUUUGGUUAAUAUCUGAAUCUUCUGGCGAAAGGGUAUGCAGUACAAAAAAGCGGAAGUGAUCAGAGACUUAAUCUAUUUUUUUAUAAUAGUUUAUCUUUUCAAAGUAUAUUCAUAUUCUUUUCGUAUCAGUGAAACUGUCUUGUAUUCGUGUUUUUUUUUAUGUUUUUUGCAAUUGUAUUUUUAAUUGUGAAUUGAUAAUCAAUUCUGUGAUGUUAGGUUUUUUUUAAUGUUACUCAUUGUUUAUGAUGUUGUUAAUUUUAAGCUCAAUGUUUGUUUUGUUAUUUAAUUAAUUUAUAUAUCCAAUGUUAUAUUUAAGUACACAUCUUUAAAAGUUGUUUCUAUUACAUUAGAUAGAAGUAAGUGUAUUGUCAACUUCGUUUUUAUUGCUUUAUAUUAAAGUAAAAAUUUGUGUAAA